UCUUAACCAACAAGGAGAUGCAACCAUAGGGCUUGAACUACAUUCGAUAAUCGAUACCUCUUCAUUUUCCAGUCCCUUCCUUCACCCUCCUUCCCCUUCCCCUUCCCCUUCCCCUUCGGAGAAACAAAAAUGGUGAAGGGUCGUCAAGGAGAACGAGUCAGGCUCUAUGUCAGAGGCUCAAUUUUAGGUUACAAAAGGUCAAAAUCAAACCAGUACCCAAACACAUCUUUGAUUCAGAUCGAGGGAGUUAAUACCCAAGAAGAAGUUGCUUGGUAUUUGGGAAAGAAAUUGGCUUACAUUUACAAGGCCAACACUAAGAAGAAUGGCUCACAUUAUAGAUGCAUCUGGGGUAAGGUUUGUAGGCCUCAUGGUAAUAGUGGUGUUGUUCGUGCUAAGUUUAAGUCCAACCUUCCUUCUAAAUCAAUGGGUGAUAAGGUUAGGGUUAUAAUGUACCCCAGAAACAUUUAAGAAGCUACGUAUGCAAGUUGGUAAACCGAGGAAUUUGGAGUAGACCUAUUCACCGGAGAGCUACAAGGAGCCAUUUUCUUUUACUUUUCUGGCCUGUUGUAAGUUGUAUCUUGGUGGUCAUUUUUUGUUCUGAAACCCGAAAUUUUGAAUCUUUUUUUCUAUGACGAAUGUAAUGCUGGUUUGUCUGUCUGAUAUCAAACGGUAAUUUUCAAUUUUUCGAUGGUUUUCUGCAAUAGUCUCAAAAUGUUGGUGUUCAUAUAUCUUAAUUUGUUACGAUACAAAUCUACAGUCUAGUAAUCAUAGUUUGAUGUAGAAAAGAAAUUGCGAUUUGAUGAGAAUAAUGAUGAAUAUGGCUUGGCUGUUGAGUUCGCACCACUGUGAAACUAUAUGGAUUUUCAUACGCAACUGAUUGAAAUUUCAGUUUUGUUUUUCGGGUUUCAAAGAGGAGCACGGCCAUUACUUCAGAAAUCCGAGCAAAAAG